AUGCUUCGUGGCUGCACUCCUGUCCCAUCUGUCGACCUCUACUACAUGGAAGAAUCUCAGAACGAUGCCCCAUACGUUGUGCAGGUAACUACAAGCCACAAUAGUGCUGUAUACGUCUCUGUGGAGAAGCUUGAGCACCUCCUCGCCGACUUGACAUGCUCCUCAUCUGUCAUUGACAACUCUACUACCUUGACGUUUGUUUUCGACACUAUUGGAACUAUGGCUGUUGCACCAUUCACGAUAGCAUAUGACCUUGAGAAUCUCACGGCUAUCGUCACUGCGCGACUUUCGCCACUUGGCAAGACACCCGAGGCGAGCUCGAACCUACGGUUCCAGGGCGGUCCCAUGAACGCUGAGCUUCGGACGAAGUUGAGAAGACGCAGCGCGCUCGAAGAAUACAGUGUCAUGGCUAAGAGAGAUCUGAAGAGCUCACCAUGGACCUUCGAUCUCAACGAGCUUGGCGACUUUGCACCAAGGGAGGACAUCAUCAGCUUCAAAGUGGCCGCCUAUUUCGAUCUUGACUUCGACCUAAGCGACCUUGGAAGAUUCGACAACCCGUUCAAUACGGCGAGGAUUGGACUGAAGGUACUAGAUGCUAUUGAUGGGAAUUUCAGUAUAGAGGCUGCAGCUACUGUCAAUGUUCAAGUCGAAUGUGCCUAUCCUGGCACGUGCUUGAAAGGCAGCACGGGACGAGGAAAACAAUUCCAGCCUAGGCCGAGCCGAAACGGCAAUGCUACAAAGAUCUCUGGUUUGACAUUCGAUCCUAAAUUGAGCUUGGGAAUAGCAGUGGGAUUGACAGCAGAGGCUGGUAUCACUGUCAAACUGCCCGCCACCGUGGGUGUCGCCAAAUAUGGGCAGUUAGAGAAGGACUUCUUAGGGGACGGGCUGUCUACCGGCAAUUUGACAAAGUCCGCGACCGUUCAAAUUGGCACCCCUGUUUUCGCAACGAAAAAAUUGGAAAUCUGCGGCUUCAUUGCAUUGGGGCCAGCGGUCGAAUUUCGAGCUAGCCUAAACGAAGUUAAUGCCUCCAUUUCCGUGUUCGCACGACUGGAUCUUCCAAGGGUCAACUUUUGUGCUGCACUGGCCCAAAACGUCGACGGUAAAUGCAAACUACAGGGACCCUUCAAAGAGGCGCUCAAGCUCUCAGCAGGGAUUGGGGCUGGCGUUAAAGUAGGGGCUGAAAUUGACCCUGGAUCAUUCUCCGUGAACACUGAGGUGAAAGGUCUGUACUUCGAAAAAACCAUUGCCCAAAUUUGCUUCGACAUCAGCGGAGACAACGAGAAAGUUGAUAAAUCGCUACCUCCGCUAGGCAACACGUCGAAGCCAAAAGACCAGCCAGGUGACGAGAUCCCUUUCCGGGGCCAAAACAAUGAUACCAGCACUUCUAAUGCUGGUGUGCUAGCGAACAGCACCGUUACCUACGAUUGUAGUGGCGUUGCCCCAUCGCCUGGCGGACAGCCUUGUGGAAGUGUGAUCAUGCAAUGCCCGACUCUAUCUACCUGGUCGUGUGGGAAUGGUCAGCAAGGCAUUGUGCCACCUGGAACUUUCUGCGCGUGUGGUGCGUUCCGAUAUCCGGGAUGGCUGGCACCGACAUCGUUAAAGCCUGCAUGUACGACAGGUAUUGUUUGUGUUUCAACGACCACGUUCAGCGUGUGUUCGCCAGCUGGUAUCGAGCCUCCGCAAGCGGUUGCGCCAGGCACGCAGUGCGAAAAUGGUGGAAUUGUAGCUGUGUGA